CCCUCAGUUCUGAGAAUGACUAAAGGAAUGGAUCCAAAUAUAAGCAGAAGGCUUUGCAUUAAACCCCAUGAAAAAGGAGCCAAAGGAUUUAUUUGUGUCUCUGGUAAUGAGUGUGCCUGUUCUUUUUAUUUCUUGAGGAUUGAUACAAUCAGAGCAGCAAAGAUCACACUGGGUGUGAAGUUCAGCUAUGUGAUGGUUGCUUUGACAAUAGUGGGAUGCAUAAUCAUGGUGAUUAAAGGAAAGCAGGCUGUAAAAAGGCAAGAAACUCUUACAAGCAUCAACUUGGAAAAGAAAGCACAAUGGAGAGAAGAAGCUACUCAGCACAUCUGCUAAACCUUAAAGGACAAAAUGAAGAGACCAUGUACUGGGGAAGAAAAGCUGUCCCUCUUGGCACUGGAAGAAUACAGUCACAUCUUUCAUGAAUGUUAGUUCUGUACUCUCAUGUUCAAGAAAAUUAGUGCAUUAUCCUGUAAUCAUUAAAACCAGAAAUACUUUACUUUUCCUAA